AUGUCAAGCCCUUCUCUGAGUAACCUGACUGUAGUCGGUUGUCUUCUUCUCUACGCGUCGGUCUUUGCCUUAGGAUGGGAUAAGACUAACCUGCCUGACUCCGCCAUCGUCAUCAAGUGUCAUGUUGAGCGAAUGCUGGUAUCUGUUGGUUUGUCUCUUGCCUUCGGUUCUGUCUUCAUGAAGACAUACCGUAUACACGUGAUCUUCUCACAGGCUGUGAAACGCUUCAAAAAGAUCGAUUUACCGGACUGGAAACUAAUCUGCGGCGUACUGGUCAUUGCUUUCUUGGAUUGCUUUAUUUUUAUUGCUUGGAUUGCUCUGGACACGACGACUGUUUACAGACUGUCUCUAGAGCAAAUGCUAAACGAGACUGAACCUGAGAGAGAACUAUUUAUUGUUCCAGUGAUACAAUACUGUAGCAGCAAACAUGAUAUAUACUUCACCUUGGUCCUCUAUGGUGUGAAGGGUGUUCUCUUGGCAUUUGGACUGUUUCUAGCCUGGGAAACCAGAAAUAUUUGCAUCUCCCAACUAAACGACAGCAAGCACAUAGCUGCAUCACUGUACAUCGUUGCAUUGACAGUCGCCCUCAUCGUUCCAACUUUGACAAUUAUGGGUGAUGACGUCAACAUGAUGUUUGCGAUACCAGGGGUGGCCAUUGUGAUAAUCAAUACGUGUGUGCUAUUACUCAACUUCAUCCCCAAGAUUCGUUUGUUGCUUACAUCCGACGAAACUCGCUUACAUUUGAGUAUGAUGACAUCACAGGGAUAUGGAGAUUCUUUAGCAUCGGAUAAGUCUGUAGACCAAACCAACAAACUGUGUAAUCUGCGCAUGGAUCUUGAACAGAAACGAGCACGGCUUCGCCAGCUGGUUAAAAUUGUUCAUCAGGCGCACAAAAUGGAAAACAAGCAGUGGUGA